ACGUAGCAUGAGUGGGUGGGUCAAAUAAGGGACAAAGUGAAGUCUAGCAUACGCUGGGAGAUGAGGCGUGGGCUGGAGGGCUUCACAUCCUCCGAGAUGAUGCUAUGGCUGGAGGAAAAGGAAGUGUAGCGUAGAAUGAAUGACAGAGUUCAGCAGGAGAGGGGCAAGGAUGAUUAAUAUGUGUUGAGUACAACGACCCGUACACGGACUGAGACGGUCCUCCCCCGCCCCGCCGUAAACAAAGUCACCUCCUCGCCCCGUUUCGUCGCCAUCCAUCGCCUGUCAGCGGGGCUCCGGGUAAGGCAGAGGCUGUGUGCAGGGGGCGGUACAGCCAUGCCUGUCUGACGCGCCGGAAGCAGAGGCAGAGGGCGAGGCUUUGACACUUAGCGUCGUCACGUGAGGCUGUGCUGGCCGUCACUUCAGCGUGCAGGGCCGAGGCUGUCACCAGGCGGGAGGGAGCGAGGCAGCGGCCACCAGGCGGGACGGAGGGACCACGCCAGGGAGAGGUUGGGAAGGAACAAGACAGCCUGAGAUACACUGGUUUUACUGAGCUACAAACUGCUCAACACACACCACCGCCCUCAUAGCUGUCAUUCUGAAAGAGCUGCCCUGAACCUCAGCACCAGCACCACUGGCACCAUGUGGGACAUCAUAACCAUCAAGGGCAUCAUCCUGGUGGUGAUGUUCCUCAUUACCUUCGUGUGCUCCAUGCUGCCGGUCCUGUUUGUGCGGCACAUCAGGGAAACACAUGACUCCGGCCGCAGGUCCAAGUACCAGAUGCUGCUGAGCCUCAUGUCGUGCUCAGCCGGUGGGGUCUUCAUGGGCACCUGCAUCUUGGACCUCUUCCCCGACGUGCAGCAGCAACUGGACCUGCUGAUGGACCAGAGCUUCGUCACGCAGUCCUACCCCAUCGCUGAGUUUAUUGUGGUGUUCGGCUUCCUCCUCGUCCUCACCAUGGAGCAGAUCGUUCUGGACUACAAGGAGCAGAGUCUUCUUAACAGACCACCUGAAGCCCAGUCGCUGCUGAGUGAGCCCGAGGAGCAGCGACGCACACUUGUACAGCAACACAGCCUCGGUGGCAUCUCUGACCAGCCAGACCUCACAGCCUCCAUUAGGAGUGAGACUGGCUCUCUCAGCAGUGCCACCCAUGGCUACAACACAGCUGCCGACCACUGUGAUCCCCAACAUGCGCAGGGCCACAGCCACGUCAUCUUUGACCACUCAGUCCACCAUGACGUAGCUUCCCACUCCUCCUUGCGCUCCCUCCUGCUUCUGUUUGCUUUGUCACUCCACUCGGUGUUCGAGGGCAUGGCGGUGGGGCUGCAGGGGAGCAUCGACGACGUGGUGAGUCUCUUCCUGGUGGUCAUUUUCCACAAGGGGAUCAUAUCCUUCUCCCUGGGGCUCAACAUGGUGCAAUCUAAACUCUCAGUCACGCAGAUGCUGAUGGCCAACAUGUUCUUCUGUGUCACGGCACCCCUGGGUCUGGGUCUGGGCAUGGGGAUCACAGAGAUGCAGACCACCUUCACCACCGCUGCUGUCUCAGGAACACUCCAAGGCAUUGCCUGUGGAACCUUCCUCUAUGUUACCUUCUUUGAGGUACUUCCCCAUGAGAUGAACAACGGGGAGAACAGACUCCUUAAGCUGCUCUUCAUCAUCCUUGGCUUUGCUGCCGUGUGUGGCGUCCUGUACCUCGACCCUGACAUCCGGCGUCCUCGCUGUUACCAGGAGCCUCUGCCAGCCGGGCCCACGUAACGGUGUGGUGGUGAGGGAGGGAGGGUUUGACAGGAGGAUGUGUACUGCAAAGUGUUGAGAUUGGCCAAGGUUGUGUACAUCAGUGUAGUGACUGUGUGUGUGUGUGUGUGUGUGUGUGUGUGUGUGUGUGUGUGUGUGUGUUCAAGUUUAUUUUAUUCUAACUUUUUUGAAGUUUUUUUUUUUUUUUUUUUUUUUUUUUUUGAUCUAGAAACAGUUUUAGCUGGGCAGAUCUUAGUCAGAGUGAGAUGAGCAGAAGGGUCGUGUGAGUGGGAACGUAUAAGAGCAGGUGUGAAAGUAAGUGAGAUGCAGGUGAUGUGAAAUGCUGGAGACAAAAUACUCACAGUCUAGGUAAGGGGAGAUGGCAAUUGAAUGUACAUGAAACAGGGAAGUCUCUGUUGUGUCUUUCCAUGGAUGAUUCAGUGACAGUGGAAGGUGGAGACAUAUUAAACCUGCUUCAUAGUAGGUUGUGUUUGCCAGUUUGCUUAUUAUAUUUCAAUAAUAUUCAUAGUCAGGGAAAUAUAUCUAAAAAAUUGAGUUGGCAUACAUAUUCUUUGACAACAAUUUUUUCUAUUAUUUUUCUCCCUAAUAAAGAGUUAAAAUUGAAAUUAUGCAUACAGCAAACUGGCAGACAUACCUUAUAAUAUAGUUUUGAGUAAUCAUCAUACCUCUCAAGUUGAAGAUCAUUGUGUUUGCAUAGUGCCAGUAUUAUUAAUGUUAGUGGCCACCAGCAGGAAAGAGGGUUGCCGUCUGGUAAGGUGAGAUAGUGAAUCUCUUGCCAGUGUUGAGCACCACUGUAUCCUCUGCUCUCCACCUGCCUCUCCAUAGCCAAAGUAACCGUGUUUGUGGACGUAUUUAUAGGUCAUACAUUAGGUUUUUCAUAUCUUUAUUUUCCAUAUUAUUUUACCAUAUCUUUAUUUUUAUAUAUUUUGCUUACCAUUUUAUUCUGUAUAUUUGAGGCGAGUUUGACUGCCUGUCCAGUGUUUUCAUAUCUAUUUUUUCCAUGUGGUAUUUUACCAUGUCUUUAUUUUCAUAUAUUUUGCUGAUCAUUUCAUUCUGUAUAUUUUAGGGAAGGCUAACAGCCUGUCCAGUGUUGCCAGUGUCUGAAUUGUGUCAGUGUGUCCACCAAUUUAUUAAUGUCUUUCCAAUUCAUAUCACAAAAAAACUAUAAUGGAAUAUUGAGCUUUGGUAUGAAAAUCAGUAGUCUGAGCAUAACAGUCAAACUUCUGACUGAUUUUUGUACUGCAGUAAAAAGUUUCAGAAUAGCAUUUGGAUGAUUAAGUACUAAUUGGAAGUAUGUUUAGCAUUUUGAUGAUUAAGUACUAAUUGGAAGUAUGUUAACAAAUUGACAAAUACUCUUUCCUGGAGACAUUUAGUGCUCACUGUUGGCUGUCUUUUAGUGUCAAAACUAAUUUUUUAACGCCCAUUAUUUUUUUUAUUUUUUUUUAUAAUCUUUUCAUUCCACUACGUUCUGUCUGAUAUUUGCUGUUUUUCCAGUGUAGUGAUAUACUUUGUCAAAGUUAAGUUACUGUAAGGCUUCCUAUGGCAUUGUCUUGUGUUGUUUCAGCGUGUAGAUAAGAGCCGCCGUGUCUUCCAUGAGCACACAUUGUUUUAUAUCUCGGAUGUAACCAUAUUUUAUCUUUGAGCUACAUCAUUCAUACAUAGAAUAUUUUCAAUAUAUCAAGUCAUAUAAAGGGACUCGUAAUGCA